CUCGGCUCAGCUCACUCUCUGACACCCACUCUCUUGCCCUUGCUUCUUCUCUCUGUUUUAUUAAAGCCGCUACUUCAAAACACCAAACUCGCGGCUUCUUGUCUUUUUAUUUCUUUUGAGCAAAAUCUUCUCUCUCUCUAUAAAAAAAAAAGGAGCUUGUUUCUUUACUAAUCUUCUUUUGUCUCUCAUUAAAUAAUCUUCUCUUCGGGUUUGCUUUGUUCAAUUGGUGUGUUGCAGGCAACAUUGCAGUGCACUUGUCACUUUCCCCUUUACCCUGCGAGCAACCUGCUUUUUCUCUCUUCCUCUUCGUUAUACUUCAACUUAUACACAUUUACUUGCAUAUCUUAACAAAUCCCUUUGCAGCAUUUUUACACAGAUUCCAUCUGGGUCUUUCUCAUUCAAUGGAGAAUCCACACUCACCCAUUUCUAUCCCAGAGGCUUCUCCUAAGCCUUACAAGAAAAGCUUUGUUACUACUCUAAUGGAAGCCGCUAGUCUUCGCUCUCCUUUUAAGGAAGAUACCUAUUUUACCUCCCAUUUGAAGGCUUCAGAGAAGAAGGCGUUGCAAGAGCUCAAGGACAAGCUCAUGGCUUCUUAUGGCCCGGACGGUGAAUGCACCAUGUGGGGGAUUCCUUUACUUGCUGAAGACGAAAAAGCUGAUGUCGUUUUGUUGAAGUUCUUGCGAGCUAGGGACUUCAGGGUGUUGGAUUCCUUCCGCAUGUUGCAAAAAUGUCUUGCUUGGAGGAAAGAGUUUAAGGCCGACAGUGUUGGGGAAGAAGACUUGGGGUUCAAGGAGCUUGAAGGAGUUGUUGCUUAUAUGCAUGGCUACGACAGGGAAGGUCACCCUGUUUGCUACAAUGCUUAUGGUGUUUUUAAAGAUAAGGAUAUGUACGAGAGAAUCUUUGGUGAUGAAGAGAAACUGAACAAGUUUCUGAGAUGGAGAAUUCAAGUCCUGGAAAGAGGGAUCAGUCUCCUACAUUUCAAGCCUGGUGGGAUUAACUCUAUUAUUCAAGUCACUGAUCUAAAAGACAUGCCUAAGAGAGAACUUAGGGUAGCUUCAAAUCAGAUCCUUUCCCUCUUUCAAGAUAAUUACCCUGAAAUGGUAGCUCGAAAGAUUUUCAUCAAUGUCCCAUGGUACUUCAGUGUGCUGUACUCAAUGUUCGGUCCAUUUUUAACUCAGCGAACUAAGAGCAAGUUCGUCAUCUCCAGAGAAGGGCAUGCUGCAGAAACACUGUACAAAUUUAUAAGGCCUGAAGAUGUUCCAGUACAGUAUGGUGGACUGAGUCGACCCAAUGACUUACAGAAACCAGCCUCGGAGUUCACUGUUAAAGGAGGAGAGAAAGUGAACAUUCAAAUUGAAGGGAUUGAGGCUGGAGCAACCAUAACAUGGGACCUGGUAGUAGGAGGGUGGGACUUAGAAUAUAGUGCAGAAUUCGUGCCCAACAAAGAAGACAGCUACACCAUUGCAGUGGAGAAGCCAAGGAAACUAAGUCCAACAGAGGAAGCCAUUCGCAACUCCUAUACAUCAAAGGAAUCAGGCAAACUAGUGCUGUCAGUGGAUAAUACAAGUUCCAGGAGAAAAAAGGUUGCUGCUUAUCGCUAUACUGUUCGCAAAUCAACCUUGGAGUAGCUUGAGUUAGGUGUUACAAUAAACGAGUGAUCAUGUUUAAUUUUGAAAAGGGUAUUAUUAACUAAUGGUUUGUGAACUUUGAUUUGUUAGUAGUCUGUUUGAGUAGUAGUAAAUUAUUUGGUAAUGGGUGAUGUAUAAAUAUGGAGAUGGUGGUGUGAGCAUUGUAUGACAUUAAUAUAUAGUUAAAAGAUGCAGCAGUAGUUUUUACUUUUUAA